UCAAUUUUAGCAACACGUUCCACAUCACACGAAGAAGAAGAAGGCGUUUAUUCUAUAUUCUUCCGGUUUCUGUUACGUCUUUUUGAACAUACAGCUUGAAAUCAGCUAAAUCAGAAAACUGAGCGAUUGAAUAUUUUUUAAUGCUGCAUAUGACAUGGCUGUAGCGAUGAGCUCCACCUGUCCUGGGCUGUACUGCGGGAGGACCCUCAUAAAUGACUCUGCUGAAGGAGAAUGUGGGGUUUGUCCUCGUGGUCAGAGAACUAACUAUCAAAAGAUAUGUGAGGAGUGCAGCGGUUCUCCAGAGCUGUAUGACUGGCUGUACCUGGGCUUCAUGGCGAUGCUGCCUCUGGUCCUGCACUGGUUCUUUAUUGAGUGGUAUUCUGGGAAGAAAAGUUCUAGUGCCCUUUUCCAGCAUAUUACUGCUCUGUUUGAGUGCACGGCUGCUGCCAUAGUGACUCUGCUUCUCAGCGAUCCUGUCGGCUCCCUGUAUAUUCGUUCCUGUAAGGUUAAGAUGCUUUCUGACUGGUACACCAUGUUGUACAACCCCAGUCCCGACUACGUCACCACUCUGCACUGCACGCAGGAGGCUGUGUUCCCUCUGUACACCAUCGUGUUGAUCUACUACGCAUUCUGUCUGGUUCUUAUGAUGCUUCUGCGGCCACUUCUGGUUAAAAAGAUUGCGUGUGGUUUAGGCAAGACUGAUCGUUUCAGGAGCAUCUACGCAGCGCUGUACUUCUUCCCCAUCCUCACUGUCCUGCAGGCCGUUGGAGGAGGACUUCUUUAUUAUGCAUUUCCAUAUAUUAUUUUGGUCUUAUCUUUGGUCACGUUGGCAGUUUACAUGUCAGCUUCGGAGAUACAGUCUUUCAAAAACCUUGUGGCUAAGAAGAAACGCCUCGUGGUUCUCUUCAGCCAUUGGCUCCUCCAUGCAUAUGGUAUCAUUUCCAUAUCCCGACUGGAUAAACUGGGGCAGGAUUUGCCGUUGUUGGCUCUGGUGCCUGGACCCGCUCUCUUCUACCUGCUGACGGCCAGGUUCACAGAGCCAAACAGAAUUCUGUCAGAGGGUGGGAAUGGACACUGAUGUCACUUCCUGUGUAGGAGAUUCACCUCCCUCAGAGUAAUGUUAGAGACGUUUAAUUUAAUAAAACCUUUGGCACGGACACCAAAGAGCCAUAGUCACUGCUCAUGAUACAGUAUGUUGCUAGUAUGUAUUUUUUGUGUGUUAAAUAUAAAACAGCUGGUCUGUGAAUUUCCUGAGAGUCCUGAAGUAAUGUUAGCCAUUUUCAUAUGACAAACUUUGUUGUGCCAAAAAUAAUUGUAUGUAUUAAAAGCUUAUAAAAGGUAUGUUGUGACAAAUUUGCAUGUGGCAUUAUAUGAUUGUUUUGCUGCUAAAUAUGUGAAUCUGCAUACACACUGUAUUGAGAAUAAUUAUGUAGUUUCCAGUGUUCUCAGACACUCAUCCUCACAACUUGAUUAAAGAUGUCUCUUAUUAAGGAUGGAUAUUUAUACGUUCUACAGAGAAGUGUGGAAUGAUUAGAGAUAAUGUUUUACAGGUUUAUUCAGCAUGUAGUAGUAUAUGUUAUGCAUGUUAUACAAAAUUAAUGUUUGUCAGCUGCAUUUGACUUGUUGAAUAAAUUGUGAAAGAUUUUUGCA